AUGGUCAACUUAGGUCGAUUUCGCGAAAUACCCUAUUUGUUCAAACCUGUGAUAUUUGUGUUCCUUAUUUUGUUGUUUAUAUUCUAUUUAUGUCACUCAACCUCUUGGUGGCUUUGGCUUACUUGGGUUGCACAGAUUAUCUGUGUAGGAGGAAUAACUGCUGGAUUAGCCAUAGAAUUUGACAGUGUAUUUGGAUUUUGGUCAAUGCUGGAAGUUGCUGUCAGUGGAAUUUUCAGCCUUAUUGGUGUUCUCAAUGUACUUCUUAACGUCGUAUGGCUUUUCAGGCAUAAAAAUGCACUCUAUGGAAUUCAAGCUAUUUUUAUUGUUUGCAAGACUGCUGUUUUUCUGUUGAAUGGUUGGACAAUAUUCAAAACAUGGCGUGGUGGAUCUGCCUCAACAACAAACACAACUCGACCUACCUUUACAAAUACCGGCGUUGCGAAUCCUCAGUUCCCAGGUAAUGCAACAGUCGGAGUUGGAGGUGGAGCAUUUCCUGGAGCAGCAACAACGUAUCCAUCAGCAUACCCACCUGGUGCAACAUUUCCGGCGUCAACCACAGCACCGACAGCAGCAGGUGGAACCGGUGUUUCUCCGAUAUACGAUAAUGCUUAA